CGCAACGUAGUGUAGCUAUUCAAAAACUGCUAAUUUUCCAUGCCUGAGCUAGGGUUUCAUUCUGCUACUUCAGCCACUGUCUUCUUUGUCUACCCGAAUGUAUUCUCAAUCUUCAACAAGCGAGAGGAAUUUUAUCUGAGCAUUUCUGCAAAACCCAAAAGAUUUCCUCUAUAAAAAAUCAUUCUUCUCCCAUUAUUUGAAGAACCGGUGAUUUUGGAGUUGUUUUCUAGAGAGAGAGAGAGCAUGGUAUUGGGAAGUUCUCCUAUAUGAGAGAAUUUUCUUCCGUGCUACAAUGGGUAUUAAAUUUUAUUUUUUCUUUCUUUGAGAAAGAAUUUCCGGGCCUAAUAUUGGCAAUAUGAGUUUUGUGGGGAUUUUUUCUAGAGAGAGAAUGCUCAAGCCUGUCAUCAAUGGCAUGUGGGGAAAAGGAGUUCUACAAGGCUAUAACAGCUUACCCAUGUCAUAUUUUCUUACAAGAAAGUUCCAUGAUGGACAGGUGAUGUUCUCUCCGAGAAGCUUCUUUGGGGUUGAAGAUUUCCUUGAUGAUGAUAACAGCCGACCAUACACAUAUCAGAAGGAGAAGAAAUCAAAGAACCCCCACAAACACGUCUCCUUCAAGCAGCGAACGAUCGCAUUCAUGGAACCCUUUACUCUCGAUGUGUUCAUAUCAAAGCGCUUUGUUUCUGCUUCUUUAACCCACAGAGUAACAAGCAAGCAAGUAGCAGUGGCUGGAACUAAUUCCAAAGACAUAAAGGCUGCCUUAAAGUCGAGGUCAGAUAUUCCGGCUUGUUUAGCAAUUGGAAGGAUUUUGGCAGAGAGGGCGAGAGAGGCAGAUGUGUACACGGCCUCGUAUACGCCUAGAGAGAGGGAUAAGUUCGAGGGCAAGAUCAGGGCUGUUGUUCAGUCGCUAAUUGAUAAUGGGAUAGAUGUUAAGGUCUAUUUGAACUGAGGGUUUUGGGUUUUGUUGUUUGUGGUCGGGCUGGUCUCUUCCCCUUCAACUACUCUCCCUGGAAUGGGUUUUAUUUAAAAUGGAAUUCGGAAAAUUACAUCCCU